CUCGUUUUACAUGUUGCUUAGCAACGCACUGUAGAAACUAGCAUACGGUCAUGGCGUCCCUAUACAACAGCGAUAGUGAUGACGAUGUACUGGAAGCGGCGGUUGUCGCAAUGCUCGUUGAUUUUAACCAUGGCAAAGCCGACCGUUCGUGCUGGGUCCGUCCCUGGAUUGCAAGACGAAGUGAUCUAGGAGCUUAUAAAGCUUUAAUGAGGGAACUUGAAGCUGAGGACACAAAAAGUUUUGUCAAUUUCUUACGCAUGGACAGAGAGAGUUUUGAUCAACUGCUGGGCAGAGUGUCACCGAUGAUAACCAAAGCUGAUACACCCAUGCGUGAUUCUAUACCCCCUGGAGAAAAACUCGCCAUCACACUUCGAUAUUUGGCCACAGGUGACAGUUACAAGUCUCUAGAAUUCUUGUAUCGGGUACCAAAGAACACAAUUUGCAAUUUCGUCCCUCAAGUGUGUGUGGCAAUUUAUGAAACUCUCAAGAAGGACUUUCUGAAGGUGCCACAGUCAGAAGAAGAAUGGCUGCAAGUUGCAGAGGGAUUUGAGAAGUGGCAGUUUCCACACUGUAUUGGUGCUUUGGAUGGAAAGCAUAUAUCUAUAAAAUCACCUGCCAAAUCAGGAUCACUCUACUACAACUAUAAAAACUUUUUUAGCAUUGUACUCCUAGCUCUUGUUGAUUCUAACUACAGAUUUGUGUAUGUAGAUGUUGGUGCAAAUGGCUACCUGAAGGUGUCUUCCAGUAGAACCAACGUCCAACACGUGUUGCCAAUUUAUGGUGACCGAUGA